AUGACCAUCAGACUACAUAUCUGCUCUAAAUGGAAUCAGAGCAACUCUUGGCAUGCUCCUGGCUUCAAUCGCAAAAUAAUUGACGAUCCUGUUUUUGGUUACAAACCAGUCAUUGAGAAUGGACUUCACACAAGUCCCCUCAAAUUCAACCAACAUACUGACAAACUUUGCAAUGAUAUCACGAAAAUUAUGAUUAGAUGUGCAAAACUAUUCCCCGAGGCAAGACUAAACACUAUCGAGUGUUUUGGUGUCCCCGAGGCAAAACUAAACACUAUCGAGUGUUUUGGUCUGAACAACCGAGGCAAGACUAAACACUAUCGAGUGUUUUGGUCUAAAGACCUUGAGGACCUUAAAAGAAAGCGAGACGCCCAUCGCAAUACUGCUGAACAGAUUGGAAGAACGAAAGACAUACAAGCCUGGAGACGACAGUCAGCUGUCCUAAGGCAAGCCAUCUUACUAGCUGAACGGACUACCUUUGAUAACCUAGAAAUGAAAAACCGAAUUGGUGCAGUCAGUCACGGGCAUCAAGUGCUUUUUUAUGCAGAUGAUCUCGUUCUAUGGUAUUCUGCCCCUAAGAAAAACUCUCAGGAGUGGACAGAAAGUGCUCUUAGUUGUGCACUUAAACUACUGGCAAACUGGUGCGACAAAAAUGGAAUGGUUAUCAACAACGCCAAAACUGCAUUCCAAACAUAUACCUUGGCUCGUCACAGCAUAAACCCGCUUCUAAGGAUAGCAAACACCACUCAAGAACAAUUCGCUCACGAGCCCUUGAGACAAUCAAUGUUAACAACCCUGCAGAUCCUAGUCUUCAUUGAUGAAUCAUACAGAGAAAACAAAGCAAAAAUUAGUGGAGGUGCUUAUUCCGAACUCAUCUCUUUCUAUGCAUCAGCGGAACUCAAUAGAUCCGCAUUCGAAGGCAAACUAAAGACCAUUAAGAGAGCACUUCUUAACAAAUAG